AUGGCUAACGAUGAUCUAUCAACUCCAAUACCAUCAAUAAAGAAACGUUCACAAUCACAUAAAAAUCGAAUUCUGACACAUAAUCAUACAACAGGAAAAAGUCUUGUUGAUGAUGUUCAUAGCAAUGAAAAUUCAAGGUUAGGAAAUAAUUCAACACCAAAAUUACCAUCACUUUUUUCAAAAUCAAGUAUUUUUCCUUCUCCAUCUGAAUCAAUGCGUUUUAAAAAAUAUCGUUCACAACAAAAAGAUAUUAUUACAACAUCAUCAUUAUCAAAAUUUGAACGACAAACAAUAAAUAUUACUUCUCAAACACGUUUACCAACAAUAUAUACAACAUCAAAUAAUAAUGAACAAAAACGAGUAUCUGAAUUUCAACGAAAACAAAUUUAUGCAUUAAACCAUCUUAUGCGUGAAUUAGAACAAGAACAAUUUCGACAAUUUUGUAAAUUAAAUGGUAUUGGUAUUGGUAUUGGUACUUCUGAGGAUAUUGUUUCAACUACUGAAGAUUCAAAUGAACAAUCAUCAACAUAA